ACGACCAUCUACUUCCCUGAGGGACAGUCUACCGCCAUUGUCGGCCGAGUGGGUUCGGGAAAAUCCAGCCUUCUGCAUGCUCUGCUCGGCAAUAUGGAACGUAUUUCCGGCCAUGUGAACAUCAAGGUACGUCGUCCAUCUCUGAAACUUGGAAAUAGGACGGAGCUGCAUGAAAAUGUGCUUUGUUCACUCUGCUUGAUUUGGUCGAUUUUUUGGAUCAUUGAUAAGCCCCACGAAGCAAUGAUGUAA